AUCUCACGGAUAUUGUGCUCUCGCAUGAGUUAACUCCUAACGUGCUGCUUUUAACAGUCAAACGCGACACAGUGGCUUCUUGUGUGCUGCUCUUGAAUAGGAAACACGCUCAUCGACUGCCCGAGUAGCUAACUGGAAAAAUGUCUAACAGCCUGAUGGAUUUGGAAGAGACUGCGACCCACACAGGUCCAAAAGGAGUCAUCAAUGACUGGAGGAGGUUUAAGUUGGAAAGUAUGGACCAGGAAAACUUGCCUCCUGCAAAGAGGGAACUGUUGAGACAGAUGUCGUCCCCCAGCAGGUCAAGAGAUGACACCAGAGCAAACCUGAACCGCAAGAUGAGCGUUCAGGAGUAUGAACUGCUGAAGGAGGAGGAUGAAGGAUGUCUUAAGAAGUACAGAAAACGAUGUAUGCAAGAGAUGCAUGACAAGCUCAGCUUUGGGCCCAAGUUUGAAGGCGUGCAUGACCUGGACAGUGGGGAGGCCUUCCUAGAAGUCAUUGAGAAAGAGCAUCACAGCACAGUGGUGGUUGUUCACAUUUACAAGAUUGGAGUCAAAGGUUGUGAGGAGCUCAACAACUGCCUUGACUGCUUGGCCACUGAGUACCCCACCGUAAAGUUCUGCAGGAUUGACGCUGUCGCAUCUGGUGCUGCCGAGCGUUUUUCGGAUGAAUUUUUGCCAACGCUGCUGGUGUACAAGGCUGGCGAGCUACUAGGGAACUUCCUAGCCUGCACGCAGCACCUAAACGAGGAGUUCUUUGCUACCGACGUUGAGGCCUUCCUCAACAGCUACGGCCUGCUGCCGGAGAAAGAGCUGCCUGGGAUGGACGACGAGGAAGAAAACGAUAUAGAGUAAAUGACGAGACUGGCUGCUGAGGAAGAAAAGAAGCUGUGUCACAGGGCUGGAUAGAGAUCUCAUAAAGACAAUUUACCAAAUAAGACAAGUUAUCCUUUUGGUCUUCAGCAAAUAGAAAACCAUAAAAUCUCCACUAGCUCACCAGUGAUUGAGGAUUAUUCUCUGAAGGAGAAGUUUUACAUCCAGUUGGCGACGAAUCCUGAGUGUCCCAGAUAUGGGCGCCUCUGAUUCUGGGUGUGGGUUACAGCACGGUGAGGUGAUACAGCUUUUGUUUUAUACUGGCUACAUGUAACUAUAACUGCAUUGUUCUAUUUUUAAAUGUUAGUGAAUACUACAUGCUGUAUGUACUUAAAAUGUUUAUUCAUAGAGUAUUUUGUAGCACUGAAUUUGAUCUGAGCACAAGUUAUUUAUAAGAACCGGGGCUGACACAGCGUGACAUCCCUGAAUGUUAUGCAAUAUUGUUUUAUGUGAUGUCUUUAUGGUAAUCAGCCAAAAACUAAAAAAAAAACCUUUAGAGAGCUUAGCUAAACAGCAACUCUUAGACUUAAGAGGCCAAAGCACUUUUGAUGUGGAAAUAUUUUUGUGUAAAUAUCUAACAUAGAACUUGCUUCCCGAGCCAAUGUGGUGGGAGGCGAGUACUGCGUCUGGUUAAACAUUCACGACUCUCAUUUUCAUCAAUAAAAUGUUAACAGAGAGGAGUUCAGUCAUUUCUGUGUCGUUUACAUUGUGAAAGUAGGAAGAAAGUAGUGUAAAAAUACAAGGAGGAAACUGUGCAUCCUGGGUUUUCUUCUUCUUAACAUGAUACUCAGCCAACAAGUCCUCGACUCAACACGACGUCAGCGUCGUUUUUGAAUUUGCUGUGGAUGUGGGUGAUAGUUUAAACUCUGUGCAUGAACAGGAUAAAACAUCUCAUCUUGAUGUAUGACAGCCUCCUGCCCAUAACAACAAUAAAACAGUAAAGGUUUUUUUGUUGCA